AGGGCCGAUUUAAACGGACAGAAAUGUCAAAUUAGUUGUCAAAACAAAAGAAUUAUUGCCUUUGCCAGAUAAAAAGUUAAUUAUUAAAAGAGGCCAGAAGAUAAAAACUUUGAUUCAGUAAAUAUGGUUGAUAUCGAAGAAUUACCUGAUGAAAUAAUCGAAUUCAUCUUUACUUACUUGCCGCCAUACGCUGAUCUUGAAGGAUGUAGUUUGGUUUGCAAACGAUGGAAUUCUAUUGUGAAAAAUGUAAUACGACGUUCAAAAUUUAAUUUACAAAAAGGUCUUAAUGACUUUCGCCUUGGUUGGGAGAUGUAUCGUCCAAAAGAAGAAGUUGCAACUAUAGCCGGACGAUUUUCACAUUCGGCUGUCUUUCACGAAAAUUCAAUGUUUAUUUUUGGUGGGGGUUCAUCCUCCGACACAACAUUCAAUGAUUUAUGGAGAUUUAAUUUGUCACACACAAAGUGGGAACGCCCCAUAUCCUUGGGCACCUAUCCUUCUCCUAAAGGUUCUGCUUCAAUGGUCUGCUAUCAAAAUCAAUUGAUUUUAUUCGGUGGAUGGAGAUAUCCUUCUUUGCAUCCACCAUAUCAGCCGUGGUGUUUGUUUGAUGAGUUGCACAUGUAUGACCUCAAAACAAAUCGGUGGAUUCAUGUUCGUGCCCAACUUCCCACACCUCCUCCGAUGGCCGGACAUUCAGCAAGUGUUCAUCGCCACAGAAUGGUGGUUUUUGGCGGUUAUCAGAUAUCCGAAGGCGUAAAUAACAAUUCUAACGAUACUUGGUGCCUAAAUUUAGACUCGCUUACUUGGUCUACUCCAAAGAUUGCAGGUAAUACAAAGCCGCCCCCACGUUAUGGUCAGUUUCAAGUUAGCCUAGACGAGGACCAUCUUCUAAUUGUUGGUGGUUGUGGAGGACCUAACAGUAUAUACACAGAUGCUUGGGUAUUAGAUAUGUCGAAAGAACCAUGGCAAUGGAAAUCUAUCCCAGUUAAAAAUAAAAAAUGGGGUGCUUCACACAUGUGGUGUAAUCCAGCCUGCAAAGUGGACUCUAAGCUAGUAGUGUUGGGCCCAACUCCAAAUUUACCAACAGAUUUUCAAAUGAUGAAACAGACAAGAGCUCCUACUGCAGUAAGAGGCCCGGAACAAUUUCCCGAUAGGGCUGAUGGCUUAAAUCGUUUUGAUAACUUUAUGAUGGUUGAUGACAGGCGUUUAAACCAAAGGGGAAUUGUUAUGAAUAACAACCACCAGAACAACAACAAUAAUAUUUUCCCAGGAAUGCACGCCCCUCCCAACCCAGAUGUUAGAAACCAUAACCGGCCACAAUUGAGAAAUCUAAGAAAUAACAAUGAUGUUGGAGCGGCGCCCGCACAGCCUGCUCAAAUUGAAGAUAACAAUCCUAAUGAUAUGGAGGCGGCAAAUCGCUUGCAAAGAAAUUUGGCUCUUCGAUGUCGGGAUCAUGAACCUCGUUUACCAAAACGUUUUGAUGAAUUGUAUGAGGACCCUUUUCGUAUGGCUGCAUUUAAUGUACCAAGCCGUCACCGUAGUUUAUCGAAAGACCACCAUGAACGUAUUCGGCGCAUGGAGGAGAAAAUGAAUGCCAUCAGAAACUCGAGGCGAGCCCUUGUUGUAGAGCAAAAAAUUAAAGAACCUUCUCCAAAACGCGUUAAGCGAAACGUUCUCUCGCUUUUUGUGUGCGAUCUGAAAAACGCUCUAUCGGAAAUUGAUCCUUAUUUGCAAUGGAUAGAGUUAAAAAAUUAUGGCAUAAUUCCUGGUGCUCCAGAACGUUUAAUACUCUCAUCAAUGGUUGCUGGCAAUGGUGAAUUAAUACUUUUUGGAGGGGUACACAAGGAAACCUUAUCUGAGAUAACCCAUUCGGUUUCAAACUCUGUCCAUUUUUUGAGUGCUCCCAGAGAUAUUGUUUAGAUUUUGAUUUUUUGUUAAGUUUUAUUUCUCCAUGCUAUUCACACUUAACUUAGAGUAGAUAAUGUUAUUCAAUUAUACGCGAAAGUUAAAAAAAUAAUAAAAAUGCAAAAGUGAAUUUCUAUCACCUGAUGUAAUAACAUAAUAUUAAUAUAAUACAUAAUAGAGCAAGAUCCCAGGGCCGCCAGACAUUACUUAUUUUCUCAAGAAAAAAAUGUAUGGAAUGACGUAGUGCUAGGACAUACUAUUAUGGCGUUUUUAAUUGGCAAUCUGGAAGCAAAAAAAAGCAAUCUGAAAGCGUUCAAUUGGGCAAAACUGACAGUUCUGAUUCUGAAAAAAAGAGAAUUUCUCUUCUGGUUUUAAAAACAGAAUCAGAAGCAGAAUCACUCACACAUUCAUAGAUUUAAAUGUCAGCAGCACUAAAUGUUUGCAGCACAAAACCAAAUGAAUACACAUAUAUGUGACACAAAUCAAACUCAACCAAUACAUUCACACCAAACAUCAGAUUCUUCGGAAUAAAAAAAAACUGUUCAAUUGGGAUUCCGAAUCGAAGAACAAUUCCGGAUUGCCAAUUAAAAACGCCAUUAGUGUAUGGAUACUGGCUAUCUUGUGCCGACGGCCAUUAUACUAGUAACAGGUGCUAAAGGUACGAAAAAUACGUACUUACUUUUCUUAUUUUCUAAAGGCUGAUUUUAAUAUAUGAUACUCAGGGAACUAAUUCAAUAAUUUUUGUAAGCUGCCAAACCCAUCGGAUGGGCCUAACACCUUGCCAGACACGCAUAAAAGGAAAUAGGAAAGUUAGAUUUUAUUAUAUGGAGGUCUGAGAAAAAAUUUAUAAAACAUUUUGACUUCAGGACUCGAAAGAGUAUCAAGACACACGUGGAAAACCACAUUUUGCACAAUCGGAUCUAGAGUCAUUUGGCCGCCAUUUUGUUUUUUUUUUU